AUGGAAGCUUUCAGGAAGUUGGUGGACAUGUCAAUGUCUGGUUUCGAUGGCUUGGCUUGCAAGCGCAUCGCUUUUAAUGGGCACAUCAACGAUGCUGCGCAGGACUGCGUGGUGUCCUUCCCUGGACACUACAGUGAUCUCUGGGAUCACGCCGUUCAGGCGGCGAAGGUACAGGAUCGCUUCUCACUGGCCUGCGUCUUCUUGACUGACAAAGAUUCCGGUUUGGGGAAGCACUCCCGAAACCCAGCCACUGGGAGAUGCUGGUGCCAUGACAUUUAUGGCCCGAUGGAGGCCUCCAGCUACCUCAGCGUCAUCGAUCUGAACCCCGAGUCGGGGCAGCCCAUCAGCAAGGAGACGCUGGCCUUCGAGAAGGCAGAUGCCAAGGCAAUGAACAAGGUCGUUGUCAUCAAAAGGGAGAAGAUCCGGGGCUGCUCUUGGUCUCCAGGCUCCUUCAACUCAAAGCUGGAAGAAGCCCUGGUCCAGGCCGAGUCCCGGUGCGUUGCGAACCAGCGGCGCCCUCCUUGGGGCUGUCGAUGGUUCGAGGAGUGGAAGAACAACGUGGACAAAGCCAUAGAGAAGGGGCAGACGCUCCACGUCUUCUACUUCGAAGGGAAGAAGGGUGAGGGGAAGAUGGAAUGGGAGAAGCUGUCAGACAGUGCCGCCAUGAGUGAAGCCCGGGCCCAUAGCGGCCUGGGUCGCUCGCAGACGGCUGAGGUUGCGUAUCUCGACAGGCAGAAGGCCAAGUACGAAGAGCACGACAUCAAAGACUUCGAGUGCUUCAUGGCUUCUCGCAACCCUGUCGGGGCCAACAACAGAUCGUCCGGCAUGGACAAAAGUCGAAAUCGAUAG